AUGAGUGUGAUCAUUCGCCUGCAGAACCUGCCCUUGACGGCGAAUGCGUCCGAUGUGCGCAACUUUUUCCAAGGGCUCGCGAUUCCAGAUGGUGGCGUGCAUAUCGUCGGCGGUGAGCUGGGCGACGCGUUCAUUGCGUUCAGCACCGACGAGGAUGCCCGACAGGCGAUGUCGCUGAAUGGGCGCCAGAUGAAAGGCGUCACAAUAUCGCUGCUGCUCUCUUCUCGCGCAGAGAUGCAGAAAGUGAUCGAGCAGGCCCGGAAAGCUGCGCUGGCCUACAUGCAGCUGAGUCGUGUGGUCCCUACACCCGUCGCCACCCCGCCGAAGGCCCAGCCCAACUUUAAAGCGAUGGCGGCCAACCCCAUCAGUGCUGUCGCUGCGGCGGCACUGUCUUCGUUGUCGGCGACGCUAACGCACGGCGUACCGGCGGCCGCAGCACAGCACCAGCAGUCAAAGCCCCAACCGCCGGUCAUCAGUUUGGCCGGUUUUUUGGGCCAAAGUGCACCGCGGACCGUGGCGCAGACUAACGAACUCAUCGCACCACCAGCUACCGGGUCGGCCGUUGUGAGUCCACUACUAACGCAAAGCUCGUUGUAUCAGGAGAUCCCAGGUUUAUCGUUCCUUUCAUCGGGCCCCGCAAGCACUUCCGGCCCCGUCACCGUUGCGAACAGUGCUGCCAACAGUUCCGGCAUUGCCGGGUGGCUCUCGGCAAUGCAUGAAUACAGAGGCCACCAGCAGCAGCAACCGACCCUGGCAGCUGGUGUAGCAAAAACGGAGCUACCAUGGAACACUGCGGGUGCCUUUCCGGGGUCCGGGCUUGUGGCCACCGGCAUCAACACGACGCCACUGCUGAGCAGCGAUCGUAAUGGGUACGCUACGGGCACGGGCGAAAGCCAGUGGAAAAUGCUGAACAAGCCCCGCCGUAGCCGGUCGCCAUCGGGUGAGCCGCGGCGUGAUCAGCAACGGAGGAGCCGUUCGUCGUCUCGCGACCGCGAUCGCCGAUCGUCCUCCCGUGAUCGGGCGUUCAAACGGGACGGUCACAGUCGCUCCUCUUCGCGCGAUCGCCGUUCGCGAAGUUCGAGCCGCGAGUAUAGCCGACGGUUUCGCAACAGUCGCAGCCGUAGUUCGAGCCGCGAUCGCUUUGGUCGUGGCCGGCACCAGCGAAGCCAUUCGCGAUCACGGGACCGUAACGACAGCCGGGAACCGACGAACGCUUACGGUGAUCGGACCGAGCCCGGGCGCUCUACUCGCGUCCGUGCGUCCCGGUUCAGUGACCGUUACGGGGACUCACGCUCACCGAACCAGUGGAGUUCUAUGGAGCAGGGAUUUACCGGAAAUGCGGCGACACAACCAAUGUACGGUGUUGGGGUACCGAACCAACAGAGUGAACCGAUCUUUGGCCUGCACACUUCAACGGCCAUGGACCAGCAGCGGUCACGUUUUCAGGCUCAACCGGGCGUGUUCCCGGCCCGCAGUGGCAAAAUAUCGCCACCGAUGCCGGUCUACAAUGGUGUUGCGUUCCGCAGCACUUCUCCGCUCCCGGACAGCGUUUAUCAGAGCGUCAAGAGUCCGACCAGCGAUUUUGCGGUGCGCAUCACGAACCUCGAAACGAGCAUCGGCUACGGUGACAUACGGCGCUUCUUCAAACAGCAGCCCAUCUCGACGCAGGGCAUCAAGAUGAUAAACGAUCUGCACGGCCGGCGGACGGGCAUGGCGUACUUGCAGUUCAUGCGCAAGGAGGGCAAGCUGGCGGCCCUGCAGCGCGACAAGGCGAUUCUGCGGCGGGCACCCCUCCACAUAGAAUCGAUCACGGAUCAGGAGUUUGAGCAAGCGACCGACUCGUACCGCCCGUCCGGGAAUGAUAAACCGUCGCAAAAGUGGGAUGACCAGCGCGGAGGCAGUGGCGAAUCGUUCCGUCGGAGCCGGUUCGGUGGACGGGGCAACGAUAAUGGUGACGUGAUCGAAAUCGAUGAUGAUCAGGACGAUCAGCAGCGCAUGCAGCAGACGGGUCAGCGGCAGCGACAGCAGCAGCACGGUGGCCGCAAAGCGGGCGAAGGUCACCCACCGACGAGUACGCUGCUCGUGUGGAACCUGCCGUCCUUUACCACCGAGCAGGAUAUUAUGAAGAUGUUUUCGGAUUUCACGGUCGUCGAGGUGCUGAUCGUGAAAAAUCAUCACAUUCCGAAGCAGCUCGAUGGGUACGUGCGGUUCCACCGGCAGGAGGACGCCAGGGAAGCCUGGCAGCAGGAACAUCGGCACUAUAUCAUCAACAAGCGUGUCACGGUGCGGCUCUGCCCCGAAAUUGACUACGAGGUGGCGAAGAACGAGUAUGAAAAUCCGGCCGCAGAUGACAACGAGCCUGAUACGGACGCACGGCGGUGCGACAGUCAAGUUCAGGAGCCUCCCCAAAUGGAACCGGCUGGUCGGGGGACAGGGAGGGGCCUGUUUGGAUCAAAUUUCCGCCAGGAUAGUGGUGACAGUGGCAAUCGGGACGGUGGAUCCCGUGUCGCCAAUCCCCCAUCGUCGUUCAGCACCGGCCAAGAUGCCGCCAACUCUGCGUCGAACGACAACAAUAGCGACCAGGACAGUAAGUUUUUUAACGAACCAUAUCUGGAGAGCACCGCCCCGUGGCUAUUGGAUAGGAGCAGAAGCUGGGCCGAAGACGACGACCAGCAACAGCAACGCGGAAUGAGGAGCGGCUCGCAGGAUCACACGGCAUCACCCGGUGAUGGGAUGGUGGCACCCUGGAAUGACCCUGAGUUGCGAGCGAACCUAGGAGACUUCCGAGAGGAAUCGCGGCUGAGUGAUGCGAGCGAAACCAGGCACAAUUUCCGGGACAAUGAUAGUGAGAACGCAGGCGGCUUCCCGAGUCCCAGCCAGCGCGAUCCCCGGCGCCGCGGGGCGGGCGGAAAGAACAGCAGCUCCUCGGCGGUUGGUGGUGCCGGGGUUGGCGGCCCCUGUAACAAUAGCAACGACAGCAGUGAGCUGUUCCAGCGCACCACCUGUCUGCUGCUGCGGAACGUCGACUUCAGUGUCACCGAGGAGGACGUGUACGAUUUCUUCGUGCAGGAUGGGUUCCGGCCCAGGAACGUGCUGUUGGUGCGGGACGAAAACGAUCGCCGGACGGGCGAGUGUUUGGUCGAGUUUGAGUCCCCGAGUGAGGCCGCGCACGCCGAAUCGAAGUCGUCGCAGAAUCUCGGCCGCCGGAAAGUGUUCGCCAGCCAUCUCGACCGGGGCCAGGUGGCCGAUCUGAUGCAGCGGUUCGACGCGAUCGCAAAGCACAACGAGGGUCGAGGCACGAAAGGGUCCUCGUCGCGCUGGCAGGAUGGCCCGAGAGGCGGUGCUGGUGGUGGUGGUGGUGGCGGUGGCGGUGGCCGACGCGACGCCCGGCACGAUGGUGGUCGUGAGAGUAACGGCAGGACACCGGACGACGAUCGGAGACCUUCGCCACCGUGCGCGGUCGGUUUGCUGAAUCUUGCGUACAAAACGACGGUGGAAGACUUGCAGCGAUUUUUCCGUGACUUUGACCUUCCGCUCGAAAACAUUCGCCGCCGGUUCCUGGACAACGGAAAGCCGACCGGUGAAGCGAUGAUUCGGUUCCUGAGCCGGCACGACGCGGCACGGGCGGUCGAUGAGUACCACAACCGGAGCCUGUUCGGUCGGAACGUGCGAAUGCGGUUGCUGAACGACGAUUAAGAGGAAGCGCCAGCGGCACCGAACCGGGUUAGGUCUGAAGACGCGAUCGAAACGCGUGUGGUGUACGGGAACGAUGUCAGAAGAAUUGAAGACUACUAUGGUCAUCAUUUGUUUUUA